UAUUAUUAUUAGUAGUAGUAGUAGUAGUAAUAUUACUUGUAUAAACAAACAAACAAAAAAAACAGAAUGAUGUAAUCUGGUUCUGCCACGCGCUCAUUAAUAAUGGUGGAAUGGACUGAUUGAAUUAGUGCUAAUUAUGACUUGAUUAGCAUGGUGCUGAUUUUAUAGUUGUUGCUAAUGUAAUUUUUUUUUCUGCGGGGGAAAAACUAUAACAAAAAAGAAGAAGAAGAAGCAGAGGAAGCCAAUGCAACAUGCUGUCGCUCUUCUUCUUCUUCCUCUUCCUCUUCUUCUUCGCCCUAUAAGCGUCCAGAGGUCCAGUAGUGCAUGCAUGCUGGUGCACAGCUGCACCGCUCUCCACUCAUUCCUGCAGCCAGGGGAUCAUCUGCGAUGUCCUACCCACAGCUCGGAUAUCCCUACUCCUCUGCUCCACAGUUCCUCAUGCCCACCAACUCUCUGACGUCGUGCUGCGAGUCGCGUGCACGCUCCGUGUCCGAGUCUGGCUCGUGCGCACCGGCCCCACCGCCCCCUCCUCCUCCCCCUCCCCCACCCCAGGCUCCGGUUUACUGCCCCGUGUACGAGAGCAGGCUGCUGGCCACCGCGCGCCACGAGCUCGGGGUCUACAGCAACCCGUACGCUGGUGGACAGGGCUACGGAAAUUACGUCACAUACGGCACCGAGGCCUCUGCGUUUUACUCUCUGGGUGCCUUCGAUGCUAAAGACAGCGCGGCCUCUGCGAGCAUCACCCAGGCUGCGGCUGCUGCUUACUACCCCUACGAUCCCACUCUGGGGCAGUACCAAUAUGACAGAUAUGGCUCGAUGGACGGAGGCACGAGGAGGAAGAACGCCACGCGCGAGACCACGAGCACGCUGAAGGCCUGGCUGCAGGAGCACCGGAAGAACCCGUAUCCCACCAAGGGCGAGAAGAUCAUGCUGGCCAUCAUCACCAAGAUGACGCUCACGCAGGUGUCCACGUGGUUCGCCAACGCCAGACGGAGACUCAAGAAGGAGAACAAGAUGACGUGGGCACCGAGGAACAAGGGCUCGGACGAGAAGAGAUGCGGAGACGAUGACGACGGCUCGCAGGAGGAGCAGAUCAAAAGUGACACGAACGAUGACGAGAGCCGAAGCCGAGAUGAUAAGGACCUUCAGCUGAGCGACCUGGACGACUUCGACGCCAUCGAGUCGGAGAGCUCCGAGUGCGACAUAAAGCAUCAGUUCCACGUAAAUGCGCACAUGAACACGCUACCUGAGCACCUCAAAGAGACUUCCCUAAAGUUACCCUCCCUUGAAGGAGACGCUUUAAAGUUACCGUCGAUUAGAACCUCAUUGGAAAGAGAUACCGAUUUGCCCAAAAGCUGCCUGAAAACUCCGAGCCGAGACUGCGAGCACAAUCCCAGCGGGAAUACCAAAAUCUGUUUCCAGCAAGACCACCAAACUCUUGAUAGCAAGCCGCGGAUUUGGUCGUUGGCCCAAACGGCCACCUCGCUAAAUCCGACCGAGUAUUCGUCAUGCAUGCUUCGAUGUCAGCCAGUGAUCCCCAGCUCAUCCUCGCCACCUGUUAAAGUCCCAGAGAAGCAGCAGGACUCACCGGUCACCACGUUGAGACACUGGAUGGACGGCGUUUUCCACGACCCCUUAUUCAAACACAGCACUUUGGACCAAGCGCACAACAGCAACACGGCUGGUUCCUGGACAACAACCAAAGGCUCGAUCCUGGAGAGCGGAGCGCAACGCGAUUAAACCGCUCACCAGAAAGACGCUUGACCAAAAAGACAUGAACAAAAAUCCACAUCGUUUGAAAAGAAAUCUUUGUGGAAUAUGCUGCUGGGACAGUUUCACAAAAGACUGUGUUUGGACAAAAGACGUUGGACAUUUUUAAGGCCUAUACUUGCUCUGUUGUGUCUGAUUUUUUUUUAAUGAUUGCUUGAUUGAUUAUGUGGAAUCGUAUGUAUUAACUGUUCUAUUGACACUUCGAUUCAAAUUUCCCAAGAUGGGAUUUGUUUACUAUAUUUAUUAUAAUAUAUAUAUUAGGCAUGUGCCAAGAUAAAAAAAAUAUUGCGUCAUGAUAACUAUUUAAAUGUUUGCGAUAUUAUCAAGCUAUCUAAUAAAAAUAGCGAUGCGUCAUAAUUUCAAAUAAUUUCUACUUUUUACAUAGCAAAUCUUUGAAUUUUUUAAAUAAUAAAAGGAACAGGAACAACUUGAACGUAUUAAAAUGAUUACGCGUACUAAAAUUCAAUCUAAUUUCAAAACUUUUGCAAAUAUAUUACCUAUACAAAAACUAAUUACAAAAACAUACUCCAAAUUAUGGAUUAUUGGCACAUGUCUUAUAUAUAUGUAAACACAUAUAAACAGAUCUGUUUUGGGAAGUAAUAUAUAUCUAUAUGUUCAACGCACGUUGCAAUUAUGUAAAUAUACGGCGGAAAGUUUACAUUUCGGAAAAAAAAGACGUUUACAGUUUGCGUUUGUUUUUUUCUUCGGCAUGCAUACAUUUGGUCGAAAGAGCAUUCUUUGAAAAUCUCAUUAAUGAUGUCACUGUUGGAAAAAGAAAAGUAAAAAAAACUUGCACAAAAAACUACACAAGUUCCUUUAUGUUUGUUUAAAGAUUGUUCAAAUCUGUUCACUGUAAUAAAUAGUUGAUUUCGGA